AUGGAUAACUCAAGCGUGGUGGUCACGGUUGUUCCGACUGCUGGCCAAACAGAAUUCCUCAACUUCACCAUAAAUGACACCAUCUCCCGACUCUCAGAAAGCUUCUCGGAGGAACUCGCCAUGGCAGGAUUACGCGUAACGAACGACCAGGUAUCUCUGAAAGCCAACACUCUCAGCACUGCCUUUGCUGCUGGGCUUCGGGCUAAACUGCCGCCGACGGAACCCGCUCACCUGGUGAUUGCCUUUUGGGAUUCCCCACUAAGUCACGGAAUCAAUGUGUUUGUGGGGAUUGUCCUGUGCUUCACCAUGCUGGGGCUAGGGUGUACGGUAGACGUUAGCCAGCUUGGGGAGCAUAUCCGCAGACCCAUCGGGGUGCUGCUGGCGCUGGUGUGUCAGUUCGUCAUCAUGCCACUGGUCGCCUUCCUGCUAGCUUUGGCAUUCUCGCUCGACGAUGUGGCGGCUAUGGCCGUUCUACUGUGUGGCUGCUGUCCAGGAGGAAACCUAUCCAACAUCAUGUCCUUAUUAGUGAACGGGGAGAUGAAUCUGAGGUAACUCAAGAAAUCACAACCUAACAAAACUAAUGUAUCACACCUUUUCAUGUGGACUAUAAAAUUAACUUCAAUUAAAACGAUCACAAUUUAUAACUACUUUUAGAUGGAAAACUAAAUCUAAAAUAAUUUCUUCAAGAUACCUAUAACUCGAAGUUUAGGUACAAUAAGCACGCUAUUACUUGGAUCUUCUGCAUAGGCCUUUUGGUUGAAUUUUACACAAGAGAAUUAGAAUGUAAUUUUAUGCAUGGUCAUAUCUCCACAAUCUCCAGCAUACUGUUGGGACUCAUGGUCCAAAUUGCUUUAGCAGCACAUCUUGAUUUGACAUAAACACCUCUUUAUUAUACAGAAAAUAGUGUCAUUGUUUGGGGAAAUUAGGAUCCAUCACUUAGGCCUAUACUAGCCUAUUCGUUAAACGUCAACCAUUCUAAAAGAAUAUUCGUGUGUGCUACUGGUCACUCUGCUUUUUAUUUUUGGGACUCUAAUGAAGUUAAUGUGAUGUUGUCUUUCAUCUUCCUCUCUCCAGCAUUAUCAUGACCAUCUCCUCCACGGUCCUAGCACUGGUGCUGAUGCCGCUGUGUCUGUGGAUAUACAGCCGCGCCUGGAUCAACACCCCCGUGGUCAACCUGAUGCCGUUCGGCGCGAUCAUCCUCACCCUCUGUAGCACCCUCAUACCCAUCGGCCUGGGGGUCGUGCUCCGGUACCGCUACAACCGGGCGGCCGACAUCGUUUUAAAGGUAACUACAGAGGGCCUUCUCAAAUAACGGUAGGGUAUAGAAGGAGGUUUGGAGACGGGUUGACUGGUUCAAUGUGUCAUUGAAGUAUUAUUAUUUAAAAAAAAUUACAUUCCUUUAGUACGUUUUAUUGAUGAACUGUGUAAUGUCAUAUUUCAAAACUAAACUCUAAAAAGGGAAAGGGCAAUUUAGGAUUACAGAGCUGAUUCUAAUUCUCACUUUAAGAAUGAAAUACAAGAUACAAAUAGUUUAAAAAAAACAAUAACAGGGUAGUUCUGCUAGUAAAAUAAAUUAACAUUUUUAUAAUAGUCAGUUGUGGACCUUUUGACUGUGACAUUGUGCAUAUUGCAUACUUUUUGAUGUCUAGCUUUCUGUUGAGACAAGCCCCAUAGGGCAAGGUGACAUCAGAGGCAGAGAUGCACUGUACUGUCAGGGACAGCCCUUCCCCUUCAGUUGAACGUAUCUAAAGGCAGCUCAGCCAGGAGAGGGAGAGGCACGAAAUGUGUGACAGAAUCAUAGAACUGGAUGAGAAAUCCACAGAGGGGAAGGGAAACAUGAAAUCAGAUAGAUUUAAGUGGCCCAUGCUCACUUGUGGCUUUCCCUUGGUCCUUUAUAAUAUUGGUUCUGUUUGAAUAUCCUGAAAAUUAGUCCAUUGUUCCUUCCCUUUCCACCCACCUAAUACAAUCUGGGUAUAGAGAAGGCCUGUCAUAAAACCUGUUGACCCUGUGCUGUAUGUUUCCCCAGGUGUCCCUGUGGUCUCUGCUGGUGACCCUGGUGAUGCUAUUCAUCAUGACAGGAGCCAUGUUGGGGCCAGAGCUUCUGGCCACCAUCCCUCCAUCUGUCUACGUGGUGGCUGUCCUGAUGCCUGCCUGUGGCUACGCUGCAGGCUACGGCCUGGCCACCCUCUUUGAUCUCCCGCCCAACGUCCGCAGGACUGUGUCCCUGGAGACCGGGUGCCAGAACGUGCAGCUCUGCACAGCCAUCCUGAAGAUGGCCUUCCCACCACAGCUGAUGGGGGGCAUGUAUAUGUUCCCUCUACUCUACGCCCUCUUCCAGGCAGCCGAGGCUGGCAUCUUCAUCCUGGCCUAUCAGAUGUACAGGAAAGAGGUUCUACACAAACCAGACACAAACCCACUGGGGGACAAUGGGGAUAUUGGAUAUAAUAGGUUUGAAGAUGAAGAUAUGGGCUUUGACACUUCUUACGGGGCGGUGACCACAAGUGACCCAAAUCUCAUCAUGUUAGAGCCUUGUCCUGAUGCUACUCCUGUUUAG